GAAAGAAUCGAACUUUCAUAUACGGAGUACCAAAAAUACGAGACUGAGAUUCUCUCUCUCUCUCUCUCUCUCUCUCUCAAACCACUGGUGGGUUUGGGGGCAUUUCCUGUAAAAUCACUCUCAACGGGAGAAAGAUUCGCCAGAAGUGAAAGUGGGAUUGGGUUGUUAAUGGAGGAUCCAACAACAAAAGGGAGGCAUGAGUUGAAUUUGGCUUCAAGAAAAGCGGAAGAAGCAGCAUGGAGGCGUUUCCAAGCUUUGCGCUGGCUAGAUAGCUUAGUUGGAUCACUUGGUAUAUCAACUCAACCAACAGAGAGAGAAUUCAUUUCUUGCUUGAGAAAUGGUAUGGUGCUGUGUAAUGUGAUUAACAAGAUCCAACCAGGGUCAGUCCCAAAGGUUGUGGAGAUUCACUUGCCUUCGGAAGUCCCAACAUGGGAUUCUCAGCCGUUGCCUGCGUAUCAAUAUUUUGAAAACGUUCGAAACUUUUUGGUUGCUGUUGAAGAGCUGAAACUACCUGCUUUUGAGGCAUCUGAUCUUGAAAGAGAUAACUUGGAAGUUGGGUCCUCAGCGAAGGUAGUUGAUUGCAUUCUAGGGCUUAAAGCUUAUCAUGAGUGGAAGCAGAUUAGUGGAGGACAUGGGUUUUUUAAGCCCCCAAGAUCUCCCAUGGUAAUGCAUUCGGCAAGUAGAGUCCACUCACAAGCUUCGGGAGCAAUCUCCUCAGACCCUUGCCGAAAAUUAGACAUGUCUACAGCCUGCAACAGCUUUCCACCCCCUGAAAGCGGAACUCGGAAUCUUGAAGAUUCCAUUGCCAAGGCUAUUGCUGAAUGCAUGGUCGACUCAAAGGAAAACAUUGAUGACAAUCUUCUUAUUUCUCUUCGUAAUGGCAGUAAGGAUCCAAUCAAGUUAUUUGGCAGCAUCUUGUCAAAUUGUUUGGGCCAACAACUUCAAAACAAGUUACCUGAGGUGAAACCAAUCUUCAAAGAUCUUUUGGGAGGAGUGAGCCCACUUGCUCAUUCAACUUCUACACCUCUGGGGAAUCUGGAUAACAAGCAUUGCAGAGCUUGCUUGAAAAAGGGAAGCUGCAACCACUGGAACCUAUUUCGGAUGCAAGAAAAAGAACUUUCAACUCUCAAGAAAUUGUUGUCCAAAACGAAAAGCGAGUUUGAAGACUUACAAUUGCAGUUGCAAAGAGAUUUGAAACAACUUGGGAGUCAGGUGGAAGAGAUGUCUUCUGCUGCCCUUGGGUAUCAUAAGGUUGUGAAAGAGAAUAGGAAGCUAUACAACAUGGUUCAGGAUUUAAAAGGGAAUAUUCGAGUUUAUUGCAGAAUUAGACCUGCCUUCAGUGCUGAAGCAAGAAAUGUGGUAGAUUUUAUUGGAGAAGAUGGUUCAUUAGUGGUUCUAGACCCGUUGAAACCCCAAAAGGAUGGGAGGAAAGUUUUUCAAUUCAAUCGCAUGUUUGGACCUACUGCUAGUCAAGAGGAGAUAUUUAAGGACACUCAACCGGUAAUUAGGUCUGUGAUGGAUGGUUACAACGUCUGCAUUUUCGCUUAUGGUCAAACUGGAUCUGGGAAAACACAUACCAUGUGUGGCCCUUCGGGUGGAUCGACUAAGGACAUGGGAAUCAAUUAUCUAGCUCUAAAUGAUCUCUUUCAGCUGUCUAAUAAAAGGGCAGACCUAGUGAAAUAUGAUCUUCAUGUCCAGAUGGUUGAGAUAUACAAUGAGCAAGUACGAGAUCUUCUUGCAGAAGAUUCCACAACCAAAUUAGAAAUUCGGAGCUGCGAUAGUGAAAAUGGCCCUAGUGUUCCAGAUGCCACAAUGCAUUCUGUGAAAUCCACAGGUGAUGUUCUUAGUCUAAUGAAACUAGGUGAGGUGAAUCGUGUUGUCAGUUCCACUGCCAUCAACAACCAAAGUAGUCGUUCCCACAGUAUCUUGACAGUUCUUGUGCAUGGUAAAGACGUAUCUGGAAGUACACUUCGCAGUUGCCUUCAUUUGGUGGACCUUGCGGGAAGUGAAAGGGUAGCCAAGUCGGAAGUUACAGGAGAUGGGCUUAAGGAGGCACAGUACAUUAAUAAAUCACUUUCAUGUUUGGGAGAUGUGAUCGCGGCCUUGGCUCAGAAGAGCUCUUAUAUUCCUUACAGAAACAGCAAGCUUACGCUACUCUUGCAGAACUCUUUAGGGGGACAUGCGAAAACAUUGAUGUUUGCUCAUGUGAGUCCCGAAGCAGAUUCUUUUGGGGAGACAAUCAGUACUUUGAAGUUUGCUCAGAGAGCCUCAACCGUGGAACUUGGUGCAGCUCGUAUGAACAAGGAGAGCACCGAGGUUAAGGCACUCAAAGAACAGAUUGAUAGCCUAAAGAAGGCAUUGGCUAACAAGGAAGCAAUGAGUGGACAACCAAAUGAGCCAAGAUCUCCACUUGAGAAACAAGCAAUGAAUGAACGUACUCCUCCACGCUCCCGAAGGCUAAGCAUUGAAAAUUGCCGCACAAUGGAAAAGGAGAAACCACGAUCAACACCGGAACGUACUCCUCCACCACGCUCCUGGAGGUUGAGCAUUGAAAAUUGCAACACAGAGAAAAAGGAGAAAUCGAUGAUGAACGCUGAAGAAAAAAGGGGAACCAGAACCCCUUCUAUGCCAACUCGUUCACGGAGACUAAGUUUAGAGGGUCCAAAACUACCUGAAGCAGGGUCAAAGCCAUGUGAACAAAGGGCUCCUCGGAGUCCAACAAGUGCUGUAUAUACAAGCAAAGUGUCAAAUACAGAUGGUAGAGCAAAAAUACGACCCCUUGAACUACCGAGAACACCUGAGCCACCAUCAAAAGUUGCUAGAAAUGAGGUUCAGAUCAUGACCAGUAGUACAAAUGGGAAAGGAUCUCAGAUAAGGAAAUCGCUGCGGACGAUUGGGAAGCUGAUUAACGGCUCUGAUAGAAGGAACCAACAAAAAUUAGUUGAAGCAUCAGCUAAGACCGGUGUGCACCACAUUCAAGACACUAGAUCUCCAGUUUCGGCUAAUGCAAGGGCACUUAGGAGACAGUCACUCACUGGUGGCAUUCAAGUAUCCCGGAGAUCUUCUCUUGGAGGGAAGUCAACUGAUUCUUGUACAAGUGAAAUAACGAUUUCCAGGACACCGCCCCCAGUCCACCCAUCGGCCAAGGCCACAAACCGGGGGCUAUAGAUCAUUUAGCAGUAAGCUUAGAGGAUACUAGAGGUGCUUCGACUCAAAGCAUACUGACUCAUUGGCAUUUGAUUUAGGACAAAUUUUGGCAACUACCCAGAUACUUAAGUGAUGACGAGAACAACUGAUUUCAGAGUAGUCAUGAUUUCUAUUCGGUAUGUGUACAAAAUGCGGAGAGGGGAGAGAAGGGAACUAUUUGUUGAAGCUAUCUGCAACAAAUUAUAUAACCCAUCCAUUUCAAUGUUGAAGCUAUCUUCUUUUUUCU